AUGUUCAGCAAUACUGCCAUCAGUUUGUUGUCAUUUGCAGCUCUGUGGCUGGACCCUGUAAGCGCCGCAGAGAGUUCAGACGCUGGCUGCGAAGUACUCAAACUUACAUUCCCUGACAACACUUUUUCUCCCAAACAUGCAGUCUACGAAUAUGAGUCCCAGAACUUCUGGUCCAACAACGAGAUACUCAACCCCGCUUGCGUAUUCCGUCCAACAUGCCCUACCCAAGUGGCUGAAGCCGUAAAGUUUAUGAGCCUUGGCCUUACAUCAUUUGCUGUCCGUGGAGGUGGACAUAUGGCCAUAACUGGCGCAAACAACAUCGACAACGGUCCUCUCUUUGUAAUGUCAAACUUGACGACUCUCGAAUUGAGCGAGGACAAAGAGUCAGUUUGGAUAGGACCAGGCUUGGAUUGGGGUCAUGUUUACCGUUAUUUGGGACAACACAAGCUUGCAGUUGCUGGAGGUCGCCUUUCCCCAGUUGGUGUGCCUGGUCUAUUGCUGGCCGGAGGCAUUAACUUUCACGGCAACCAGCGUGGAUGGGCAGCUGACAAUGUCCUGGAAUACGAGCUUGUACUCGCCGACAGCAAAGUAAUUUCGGUCACGGCAGACUCUUACCCCGAUCUGUUCUGGGCCCUCAAGGGUGGUUCGAACAACUUUGGCAUCGUGACCAAGUUCAGACUCGCCACUCUUCCAUCUGAUCAGAUCUACGCUGGUGUGUACAGCGUUGCUGAUAUCCCCGGAUUUCUUAAGGCCGUCGCCAACUUCUCCGCCUUCAAUACCGAUCCUCUCGCACAUAUUGUCCCUCAAGUAAUUGCUGUUGACGAAGAGACCACCAUUGGCGGCGCUAUUCUGUUCUACGAUAGCGACUCUGAUCCUGAACCCGAAUGUUUCCGACCGUUCUUUGAUCUUCCUGCCAUUUCCAACACAUUUGAGAAGAAGACGCUCGCCCAGUUCUCGGAUGAGACAGGAGAGCUAGUCACACCAAAGAUCAACGAUCAGUUCAUCGCCGGCACCACCACAGGCAAAACAUACGAAGAGAUUCUCCAGGGAGUGCAAAUCGUGAAUGAUGUCUUUCUUGGUGCGUUACCCGACUUGUACAAGGUUCUUCCCGUCGAGGACCGCAAGCUCAUCUCGGUUGAUUGGCAACCUAUUGGCUCUCUAUGGGAAAAUGCCUCCAAGAAAUACAACCCUGGAGGUAACGCCUUAGGAAUUGACACGGAGACCAAGGGAACGUACAUUGCCUGGGCCGAGGUGGUGGAGUGGAGCGGCGAUGAGCAUAAUGACGCGGUGUUCAAGUGGAUCGAGGAUACGACAUGGGCCAUCGGUAAUGCUACUCAACGAUCAGGCGUAUACGAUCCCUUCAACUACAUGGGAGAUGCUGCUGGUUUCCAGAAUAUCUACGAUGGCUAUGGUGAGGAGAACAAGCAACGCCUACUGGAGAUCUCUCGCAAGUAUGAUCCUCUGAGGACUUUCCAGAAAUAUUGGCCAGGCGGUUUCAAGAUCGGAUCUUAG